UUCGUGUGCGGUGUGGCUUGUCUAUGCUAUUUUUUUUUUUUUUUUUUUUUUUUUUUUGGCAAGCUCCAAAAUUGUUAGAGGGGUGGAGUUUUUUUUUUCUUACUACUUCUCAUCGACAAAAAACACCAUGCGUCCUUUGACAGCCGAAGAAACCACUACGCUUUUCGAGAAGCUUGCUAAAUAUAUUGGAGCCAAUCUUCGACUUUUAGUUGACAGACCUGAUGAGACUUAUUGUUUCCGUCUUCAAAAUAACAAGGUGUAUUAUCUCAGUGAAUCCAUGAUGCGUAUGGCCGUGAGUGUUGGACGUGAUCAACUUGGUUCAGUGGGUGUAUGUUUUGGUAAAUUCACAAAGACUGGUAAAUUUACUCUUCACAUUACCGCUCUUGAUCAUUUGGCACAAUAUGCAAAGCACAAGAUCUGGAUUAAGCCUAAUGGUGAGAUGCCCUUCUUGUAUGGUAACCAUAUUGUUAAGGCACAUUUGGGUAGAAUUACCGACGAUACUCCUGAACAUACUGGUGUUGUCAUCUUUUCCAUGUCAGAUGCACCUUUGGGUUUCGGUGUUACUGCAAGAUCAACCAUGGAUAUGAAGAAACUUCAACCUACAGAUAUCAUUGUUUUCCACCAAGCAGAUGUUGGAGAAUACCUUCGUGCCGAAGAUACUUUGUUCUAGAUUAUUUUUUCUUUUUUUUUACACAACAACAAUCAAAAAAAAAAAAAAAAGCAUGUAUAUUAUAAUAAAAAAAAAAUUUAAAAAUUUAAAA